AUGUUUGGUGGCUGGACACGCAUUAUUGUACGCACUGCGCCUACUCUCCACUCAACUAUUGACUUUCGUACAGCCAGAGAUCUCGAUUUUUCACAACGCAAAGUCUCCGCCCUCCAACAAGGCAAGGAAACUAGCAAGCAAGCAACAUUGCUGAUAUGCAUGCCUCAGGCCCUCACCCUCCUCCGCUCCGCGCUGUCCGCACCUUAUCCUCCUGGUACCUCUUCCAAACCGCUCGAAUUCAAACUCGACAUCGUUGAGGGCGCACCGACCUCCGAUCAACUCAAGACGAUCCUUUCGUUCCUCCCCACCAAAACCGACGUGCCCGCCGCCUCCGUGUUCCUCUCCGCUCAUCCGUCAUCGACGUCAUCCACUCAUGCCGACUUGUCCGAAGUGUCCAAACUCGGACGAGACGUACCUGAUGCGCUCAAGUGGCCUGUCGUCGUUGACUGGAAGGCGGGGAAGGCGAGUAUCGGUGACGUCAACGGUGUGACGAGUAUCUUGGAGGAGAUUAGGAGGGCACGGGACAAGGAUGCCUAA